UAACUUGACAAUUUUGACAAGACAUGGAAAAGCUCAUUUUGAAAACAAAAAUAUACUGCUUAAUUAUCAGAUAGUAUCUUAAUUUUCUUACAAUCUUCGUAAAAUUCUCAUGUUAUUAAUAACAUAGCAUUUUUAGAAAUAUUUUCACUGGAAACAAAAUCAAUUCAUCGGCAAUCAUGGAAACCAACAUAAGAAACAUUUUAUCUGAAGGUUCAGUCUCACAGAGAUAUAAGAAAGAAAUUUUAAAGCUCAGUGAUUUCUAUGAUGAAACACAUGCUAUGGUUGGUUUGGCGAUACCUAAGGUUGGAACUUCCCGUUUUAAAAACUUGGUGAAUGUUUUGGGAACAAGGGAGAUUGGUAAAACUAGUCCAUAUGCUAAUUUCACUUUUGGCAACAAAUGUAGAAUCUCUAAUAAAUUUUUACCAAAUAAACCAAUUGACCUAGACUGCUAUGAAGGAAAGGUUUUCUGUGGAAUAUUCAAUAAAGAUGGUUCAAGAUAUUUGACAGCAUCUCAAGAUAGAUAUUUGAGAUUAUAUAAGUCGGAUGAUGAUUCCUAUAAGAAAUUGCACACAUUUCAAGCUAAGGAUGUAGGUUGGAGUAUAAUUGAUGUUGCUUUCAGUCCAGAUCAAACCUGCUUUGCAUAUUCAACAUGGUCUAGUAAUGUUCAUAUGUAUCCUGUUGAUGGCGACUUGUCAAAAUUAGAAACUAUUCGCCUUGUUGAAAAUGGAAGAAGGUUUUGUGUCUUCUCCCUGGCAUUUUCCUACGAUAAUAAGGAAAUAUUAGCUGCUUCUAAUGAUGGAUGUUUGUAUGUGUAUGAUCGACAGCAAGGCACUAGAGUAGCUAAGGUUAGGGCGCACCAUUAUGAUGUCAACUGUGUGACAUUUUCUGAUGAUUCUUCCAAUAUAAUUUACACUGGAGGCGAUGAUGGCCUGAUAAAAGUUUGGGAUCGACGAACUCUGAGAGAAAAUCCAAGUGUUGUGGUUGGUACUUUGGCCGGACAUUUAGACGGAGUAACAUUUUUAGAUUCGAAGAGAGAUGGGAGAUAUUUGAUUUCUAACAGCAAAGACCAAAGUAUAAAACUUUGGGAUAUUCGAAAAUUCAUCAAAGAGGAUGAAGCCAGAGCUGCUCUGCUAGCAGUUGAGAUGAUGAGUUGGGAUUAUAGAUGGCAGGAAGUACCAAAAAAAUUGUCAUCUACUGAUAAGAGCUGGCAACUUUCAUCUGAUACAUCUGUAAUGACCUAUAGAGGUCACUCUGUUACCAAAACCCUAAUAAGAUGCAGAUUUUCACCGGCAGAAACAACUGGUCAAGAAUUUAUAUAUACAGGGGGAGGUUCGGGAUAUGUGGUUGUAUACAAUGCUUUGACUGGUGAUAUUGUUCAACAAUAUAAAGCUCAUAUGAAAUGUGUGCGAGAUGUUCAUUGGCAUCCUAAGCGAAUGGAGUUUGUGUCAACUUCGUGGGAUCAUAGUGUGAAGAGAUGGAUUUUUUGCAAUGAUGAUUUUGAAAAUGAAGGUGCUAAAUUCGUUCACAGUAGACGACGAAGGAGUUUGCGACUAACCAAUAGUAAUAGAAUCGAAGAGAAUUAUACAUAGCCUUUAAUAUUUUAUACAUUGCGAAGGAGGUGGAUUAUCGCAGUAUUGUCUAGGUUGAUAAUGGGAAAUCAUCAAAACUCAUACUAAUGUACUAAUAAAAUUGAAAAGUGAGAAUAUUAACAUUUUGAGUAAGUUAAAUUUUUACAUCUUAUAAAAAAGCAUAAAAUGUAAAUCAAUCAAAAAAAAGGUUAAUGUUUAGCAUAUAAUAAGCAAUGAAUAAUUAUUUCUGUCCAAUAAUUUUUGCCAGGUUCAAAUUGUUGUAUUAGCAGUCUUUUUCAAUGAAAAAAAAUCAACAAACUUUGUACAAAAUAUUUUUCAGGAAUUAAAAAAAAAUUGUUGAGGAAUUGAUAUUCAUUGAAGAAGUCAAUUCACUAGACACUAGUUUUGGUGUUUUCCACUGUUAAGGAAAAAUGCACCACCAGGUUCAAUUUUUUUGGAGUGUAGUCAUGUUUUUCAGUUAAUUUAUGUGAAUUACUAUUUUGAAACCUAUUUGAUUUGAAUGUAUAUAUUUUGUAAAUAACUACAUCAUCAAUUAUAUGUAUUAUGAAGGAAA